AUGAGCGACCUUCCCCAAACGAUGCGCUCCCUAGUGGCGCUGCAGCAUUGCACCCCCGCCGGCUUCGAGGUGGCCGAACGCUUCAAGGUCGGCGAUGCAGUCUACGGACAUGGCGUCGUCCGCCCUGCCUUCAGCAAUCCGGAUCCAGGUUUCUGCUCCGAAUAUGGAAUCACACAGGAGAGGCUGCUUCUCCCAAAACCGCCGCAGAUAAGCUUUGAAGAAGCUGCCGCACUUCCUGGGUACACCGUGACGGCGUACCAAACCAUCAAGCGCGGUCUUGAAUUAGCCGGUUGGGAGAGCCUGGAGGGAAAGACCGUGUACGUCCCGGCUGCCUUGAGCGGAGGGGGCUUCAGCGGGAUCCAAGUGGCCAAAAACGUGUUCGGUGCAGCGAAAAUCAUCUCAACAGUCUCAACACCAAAGUUGAAGCUGGUUGAGGAGUAUCUUCCCGGGAUGGUGGACCAACUUAUCGACUACAAGACAACGAGCUUGACGGACGCCGUUCCCAAGGGCAGUGUGGAUUUCAUGUUCAACACGCAAUGGGACAGCAUGAACACAGCGAUACCCCUUCUGAACCCCAAGACAGGCGUCAUCAUGUCCAUCGCCUCAAUUCCCCCAUCACCUUUAGUGAGAGAGAUCAUGGGGCCUGGCAUGGUCCCGCUCUGGCUGGCUUGGAUGUUGGACCUGGUUCAGUGGUGGUACGCUUUCAAGUUUAGAGGAACGAACAUCCAACACGAAUUCGUGUCGGGCAACCCAGAGAUCAGAGAGGAUUUAGAGAGAGCUGGUGAGAUGAUUGCUACGGGGAAGGUAAAAGCAGUGUUCCGUACGGUGGAUCUAUCCGACAUCGAGUCUAUCCGGGAAGAAUGCGCCAAGGUCGAUACAGGGAAAGGUGGCCUUGGUAGGCUACUGAUUAAAGUGAAGGACUGA